AUGACAAAUAAAGAGGAGAUUCUCCAAACAUUAAUUGAUGCAUCGAAGUUUUAUCAAGAGCAUCAGAAUGAUGAUGAAGGGUUUGAUAUCGAUUUUAAUAAUUUGUGGGAAUUUUUGGUAAAUAUUGCCACAAAUGACGUCGAAACACUCGCAAGCUUUUAUCCAUACUUAUCUACUAUCGCGGAAUACGAUUCUGAGUUCCAAGAUGUCAAUCCAGAUUGCGUUACUAAAUUAAUUACAAAGUUUACUGAUCAUAACAAGCCUUCCGAGGAAAGGAAGAAAUCAAUGACACCUUUAGUCCGUUUACUUCCUUUCUUGAAUAAAGAAAACACGAUAAAAGUUGUUGUUGGAAUGAUAAGAUUAUCAGAGCGAUUAAUCGACAAGAAGAGAGAUAUUCCUCAUGCCAUGAUCAAAAUAUUCGAUGAAAUUGUCUCAACAAACAUGUCAAAUGAAACAAUCGAAGAAAUCUUCAAAUCAAUCAAAGAAAAUAUCGGCGAUAGAAAGAAGAGUGGACCAUUAGUUGUCCUCGGCUCAUUCAUUAAGAUUAUCGUACCAGCUAUUGGCAAAACAGUAGAUUUAAUCGAAAUAAUUCAAAAAGCUUUCGAAGGAUCGACUCUUGAUACAAUUGCAGGCCUAUUUGUCUUAGACAAACUUGGCCAGAAUCUGGGAAAUACUGAGGAAAACGUUGAUCCAAAGCUUAUUUUGAAAAUUUUGAUUUCAGAAAUGUACGAUGACAACGAAGAAAUACGUAAAUACGCUGCUGUUGCAUUCAAGUCCAUGUGUGACAACGGAAUAUUCAACAGUGACUCCGUAACAAGGUUAUUUAUUCGCGAAUUUUCGAAUUUCAACCAACCAACAUUACUUCCUGUAUUCUUUGAGUCAUUACGAGUCAUGGUAAACUCCAAUGUUGACAUGGAUAGCAGUGAUGAUGAUUUAGAAGAAGAAGAAUUCGAUGAAGACCCAAUUAAAGAAAAUACAGCAGAAGAAGACAUCCCAGAUGAUGAAGAUGAAGAUAACGAGGAUGAUGACAGCUUAGUUAAUGUAAAACCAAUCAGAGAUUUUACAAUUUCUGCAUUAAAGGCUUCACCAAGCAACGAAAUCCUCGAGGGCUGCAUAUUCACACUCGCAGACAUCGUUAACCUCUCAUCAUCCCUUAUCAAAGAUCAAAAGAAAGACGUCAGAACAAAAAUUUACAAAUUCCUCGAUGGAAAGACAUAUCCGCUGUUUCCAGCCAUAGCAAGUUUCAUCAGGAGCUCAUUUGAGAACAGUAAUUUAGCUCCAACAGGUCGUUUGGCCCAACGUCUCAGAUUAUUAUUGCAUGGAGCGAAGAAACCAGAGGUUGGACCCCUUGCAAAGCGUUUAGAAUGCGCAGAAAACAUCGCAGCCAUCGCCAGACCUGUUAGAAAAGCUCUUGUUACUCCUGUUUUCGAUUUCGGAUUCGAAAACCUUAAAUCUGAUACAGAAGAGACACAAAUCCUUGCUGCCAGAGUCAUUGGUCGCAUUGCUAGAUCAUUAACUUCUCAACAAGCCUUGGAUUCCUUUGCAAUUAUUGCAAAUUUCUCCAGAAAAGUCAUUUCCUUUGAAAGUUUCGAGACAAUAUUGAAGCAAGUUACAUCAUUAGCCUCAAACCAAGGUAUUACUGAAUCCCAAGUCUCUCCUUUGAUCUCAGAUUUAAUUGAUGGCAAAGCAAACGCAUUAGAGAGGACACCACCCCAACAAUCUAUGCCAGUAUGUGUUCAAGCGUUCAAAUUCAUCAGUUCCUGCAUCAGAUUAGGCAAAGCUUCCAAACUUGGACCGAAAUUUUCCUCAUUAUUGCUUUCCUCCAACAAACCAUCCAAAGCAGCCUCUCCUUAUGUUUCCGACUGCAUCAGUGCUGCAAUAGAGAAGGAAUUGAUCACUGACGACCUUCUCAAGCAGUGCGCAAAGAAGAUUUACCAAAUGUUCAUGACAACAACGAUAGAGGACACAAAGAACGUUAUCGCGUUUUCGGAUCUCCUUCGUGUUUCAUAUAAACGCGAUAAGAAUUCGUUCGAUACCAAGCAAAUCUUCAAAAAAGUUUCGGAAAUGGUCAGAGAUGUUGCAGACAACGAAGAUGAAGAAGAAGAUGACGAAGGCGGCGAAUCACAAGAAGAGGAAGCUGUUGUUGCUCUCGCUCUCUUUGUUUUCACUUGUUAUUUGACUGACAAAUCAUUGAAAGUCAGUAAAACAUUGAUUCACAACCUCAUGGAUUUGUUGACAAUUACUUCUGACGAUCCUCACAUUCCUCCACUAAUUUCUGCUAUUAUAGAGAUGUUUGGCGCUGGAAAGAGAUUCGCGGAAAUAAAGAACUACACACUCGAAACAUUCGCUCAGAUAAUUUCGAUGGAAAAUGACGAAAUUUCUGAAUUGGAUUUGAAUUCUGGCGAUUUCGAGAAAAUGUCGAAGAUUUUGAAGGAUGAAGUGAAGGCAGAUAAGGAAUUGAUCAAAUUCGUAACACAGGAUUUCGCUGAUGAUGAAUCAAAGAUGGCGAGAUUCAAUGAUUUCAUUUCAAAGUAA